AUGGUUAUGCCGAGUAUUUAUCUGCAGCAGAUUAUUGCCAGUUUCGUAGCAGCGUCCGAGAGUAAUGAAAUUCCCAAGCAGUAUUCCCUGGUUACUUUCGACGAAAAUGUGGUAUCGAACGUCAUCAGCACAUCUCAUACGGAUGUUUUCGUUGAUGUUUUCAAGAAUGUACUGAGCAAUUUCACGAACACGGACCCACCAUCAACUAUGCUUAUUGAUGCUAUCAAUGAGGCAUAUAAGAUCACGAUUCAACCUCCAUCAAUAAUCUUUGCGUUCACCAGUCAUAAUGCAGCUAAGGCAUCGACAAGUUUUCUCAAACAACGUUUGGGUACUCAGGUAAACACUUAUUAUAUUUGUAGAUUCAUGGCCGCGAGAAGUCUAACUCGAAAGAAAGACUUUCCAUGGUAG